AUGUUACUCUCUCAUGGAGAACAUCGGCAGUCUUUUAAACAGAAAAGAGCAGAAGAGAAACGAAGAUGGAGUUCAUCGGGUUCACAUCAUCAACCUCAAGCCAAACAGAGUCUAGCAGUGCUGGCACAGUUGAUGCUACCUGCGUUAAUUGAGGAGCAUACAGCGCAGCAAGAGGAUGUGGUUGUACCAACUCACUACAAAGCAGAUGGAAGUUUAUCUAGAACAGCCUCCAACCGUCGGCACGUCUUUCAAAGUGUAAAUCUACUGCAACGGGCAAACGGUCAGAUGAGAAAAGGUGCUGCAGGAGUUUGGGAUAUUGCUGGCCGAGCUCAUCUUGCCGGAAAACGAAAAGUAGAACAACUUCAGCAGAAGCCUCCACUGUGGUUAGUCAUAUUGAAUCAAGCAUAUCAUAAAUAUGGAUUGAAGCACGCAGUUCUUAUCAUCGUUUUUCUCAUAUAUUGUAUAUCCGGUGGACUGGUGUUCUGGCUUAUUGAAGAACCUUAUCAAUCGGAACUUCGGGACGCAUGGCAACACAAAAUCGAAAAUAACCGAACAGCGAGAGUGGAUGCGAUGAUGAAAAAAAUUUUCAAUAAUUCUGAUUACUUGAUUUAUAUCAAAGGGAAUACUUCCCAACGGUUAACAACAUUUUUUAUAGAAGAAUUAGGUUCCUAUGAAAAUCAACUUGGUGUUAAAUGGAGCCAACAAAAAAUGGAUUGGGAUUUUUGGAAUGCAGUUCUUUUUGCGGGCACAAUAUGCACUACAAUUGGUUAUGGUCAUAUCUAUCCGAUGACCGAUGCUGGAAGAAUGUUGACCAUGAUUUUUGCAUUAUUUGGAAUUCCAUUAAUGCUGCUUGUCUUACAAGAUUUUGGAAAACUUUUGACCAUUACUAUGAAGUUCCCGUGGUUUCAAACAAAACGACUUAUGAGAAGAAUUAUGAGAUGUUGCACAAAACAACCAAUUGAAGAAAUGAAAGAAAUUGAGCGACAGGAACGUCACGAUUUGGACAUUUUUGAUCUGCCGUUACCUGUUGGAAUUGCUUUGAUAGUUACAUGGAUCUUCAUUUGCUCAUUUGUACUCUCGGUAUGGGAUCAUAACUGGACACUUCUCGAAUCAUUCUAUUUUUUCUUCACAUCUCUGAGUACCGUCGGUCUUGGAGACCUGGUUCCUUCUUCUCCGCGACUGUUAAUUACAAUGUUUGGAUUCAUCUUGGUUGGAUUGUCGCUAGUAUCCAUGGUUAUCAACUUGUUGCAAGCAAAGAUGAAAUCAACUUACGAAGCUGGCCGAAAUGAUGAAAAAACACCACAUAUUCAUCAAACCUUACCCACCUCACUUGGAGUUCUGCAAUGUUUCUCCCCAGACGAAGAAAAAAAGACUGAUUACUCAGAAAGAAGUUUGAGUAGAUCUACUCAAACGAGUUUGAGCCUUCCUGGCGUGAGACAGGUAGUCUUACGAUCAGACGGCGUGCAUUGGGUGAACACAGAUACCUCAUCACCUACGAAAUCACCUGAUGAAGUCACCAACCUCGUGGAGUAUGAGACGGCUCUGCGUGUCUGCGAACAAAUUGGUGAUAAUAAUAAUGAGGAAUUCUCGGAAGCAGAAAGCCUAAUAUGCGAAACAGAAGUUCUUUUAGAAGUUGGAGAAUGUCUGUCAGACUUGGAAGAAUUUCUAGCUUGACUCGGUUUUCUUCUAUAUUUUUUAUUAUAUUUUUCCCUAAUAAACAAAAAUA